AUGCCAAUGGAAAUUAGCACAUGCCGAAAGCACUAUGGAUCAACAGAAAAUUUAGCUAUCACAGGUUAUGCUUAUAAAAGAAGUGAAAAUUUUGUCGAUAAUCGAAAUCCAUCAAUUGCAGCAAUAAAAGGAAAGCGAACAUUGACUAAAAUGUUGACAAAAGCUGGCAGUCGUGAAAUACGAAUUGAAGAACGUUUAAAAGAAAAAAUGAAUGAAAUUCAUGAACUUGAAAAUGAUAACGAGAAAUUAUUGAGAAAAAUUCAAGAAAUUGAAACAAUGAUUUCGAAAAGUUCAGAAAAAAAUAUCCAUGAUAAACGAGCAUUAAUGGAAGAAAUUGUGGAAUUACAAAGAAGAUUGGAUAAUUUAACACCUUCAUUAGCCAAAAAGUUGAAAAUGAAUGAAGGAAAAAGAGAGGAAUCUGCUUUAAGUAUUCUCGAAGCUGAAAGGAGAGAGGAAAUCGAAAAAUUAAUACGAAACAUAAGAAAAUUAGAAAUGGAAUUGGAUGAGCAAAAAGAAAAGGAAAGGUCCCUUAUUGAUGAAUUAAAUACUAUAAAAAGAUCUUUGCGUGAAGAGCAGUUAAGAGCCAAAAAAGAUAAAGCAAUCGCUGAAAAGGUUACUUUAGACGAGAAUAAUGCUCUUAUAAGAGAAAAUUCGGAGAAAUCUGCUGAAAUAUCACGAUUGGAAAUGACUAUCGAGGAUUUAAAAAAAGAAUUUAAUCUGAGACGAGCUAAUGAAAUUAGUCCUGCUGAAUAUGCUGUGCUUGACGAUUAUCAAAACACGGAAGUGGUGAAUCGAGAAUCUCGUUCUCGUAUGCAAAAUGAAUUGGAUGCACUUCGCGCAUUAUCCGAAUCACUCUCAAAUGAGAAUAAAUUACUUCGUCAAGAAAAAGCUUCAAUAAAUGAACGCUGCGAUGAAUUAGGGAAUACAAUACGGGCAGAAGAAACUUCGCUGAAACGGGAUUUUGAAUUAUUAAUGGAAAAAAAUCGUGAAAUGGAAAAAAAGAUUGCUAGUAAAGAGGAUGAAAUAUCGGCAAUAAGACGUGAAUUACGAUCGCAAAUUGGUCGAAAUCGUGAAAUACAAAAUAAAUUAAACGAAAAAGACGAUGAGCUAAAACGCGCAAAUGAUUACAAUGAAAAUAUUGAUAAGCAAUAUAGACAAUUAUUAGCACAACUUGAACAUGAAACAGCUUUACAACAUGAAAAGAGUAGCUCAGCAGCACUAAUCGCUUUUUUACCUCUUCUGAUGGGAAUAGAAUUGUUGUGUCGAACGAAUGAAUAUGAAAAAUUAGCGAAACGAAUAAGGGAACUUUCGGAAUCGAUUAAGGAACCAAGGACGUAUUCAGCGGCGUCAUUCAAGCAAUCGCUUUCCGCUUUUACGCAUACGAUUUUACCAACGACAAACACAACCUUAGAUUCGAUGUUAAAAGGACCAAUAUGUUCAACAAAUUAUCGAGACAGUAACGAUUAA